AUGGUGGUGGGGGCGGCGGCGGAAGUGAGUGUGGCAACGACAACUGUGAAAAUGAGGAGGGAUGGUGUUGCUGAUGGUCAUGGCAAUGUGGAGGUCGGUGGGGACGGUGGUGGGCGUGGGGGUGGCAGUUACACUCUUCUUGUGUUGUCAUGCAAUAUAAGUGAGGAAAAUGACAGACGUGGGUUAGACCAAUUGGCAAGGACAAUGAGUUCGCUCUCUCCGCUUCCUGUAGAGUAG